AGUGUAAACUGUCAAUCAAUGUCAACAAAUCGAAUUCUAAAGAAACCUCUGGUAAAACUCCAUCCUACCAUUUGCCAGUAAUACAGAUUGAAGAAAAUGACAAUUUCAUCAAUACAAGUAUAGACGUAGCCGCUAUUUACUUGUUAUCAAACGCAUGUGUUUGUCUCAACAACGAACGGGAACGGGAGACAAACAUCGUACGAUAUCGACGUCAUUGUGGUAUUUUCAGUAAAGCAAACCAGACUGCUGUCGUACCUUACAUGUAACGAGUUUAAAUUACGUAAAAACUAAAGGAAAUUACAUUCGAGAAUAAACCUAGUGUGUUGCAAGUUAUAGAGCACGACGUUUAAUCAAAUCGUUGUGUAGCGUAUCAGUACUCAAUUCAGUGAUGUCGAGUGCUAAAACAAGCUUUACUUUUAUAUUUAUUUACUGCAUUUUAGCCCAAGAUUCGCUGGGAUUAUCUCCUGUUGUAUUGAUACCUGGAGAUGGAGGAAGUCAGUUAGAAGCGAAAUUGAAUAGAAGCUCUGUAAUUCAUUAUAUAUGCGCCAAAACAUCCAAUAAUUUUUUCAACAUUUGGCUUAAUUUGGAGUUGCUAGUUCCAUUUGUAAUAGAUUGUUGGGUGGAUAACACAAGAUUGGAAUAUGAUAAUGUCACCCGAUCUACUAGGAACCCUGCUGGCGUUGACAUUAGGAUCCCUGGGUGGGGCAAUCCAGAGCCUGUGGAAUGGUUAGACCCCUCUCAUGAUAAGUCGGGGGCUUACUUUAACACCAUUGCAGAUGCUCUUGUCAAGAAUGGUUAUGUUAGGAAUGUGUCCAUUAGAGGAGCACCAUAUGACUUCAGAAAAGCACCAAAUGAAAAUGUAGAUUUCUUUACUAAACUGAAGUCACUAGUUGAGGAAACAUACAACAUAAACAAUAAAUCCUCUGUCAGUCUGUUGGUGCACAGCAUGGGUGGUUCUAUGGCUCUUCACUUUCUACAAAUGCAGACUCAAGCCUGGAAGAACCAGUAUAUCAAAAGAUUAAUUUCACUCUCCACGCCUUGGGGCGGUUCUGUAAAAGCUCUCAAAGUCUUUGCUAUAGGCGACGACCUCGGAUCGCUGGUGUUGCGCGAGAGCAUAAUGCGCACGCAGCAGAUCACGUGCCCGUCGCUGGCGUGGCUGCUGCCGUCGCCGCUGUUCUGGAAACCCUCGGAGGUGCUGGUGCAGACGGACAAGUUCAACUACACCAUCAACGACUUCCAGAAGCUGUUCACGGACAUGGAGCUCCCAAAUGCGUGGGAGAUGCGCAAGGACACGCAGCGGUUCACGGCCGAUUUCGGCGCGCCCGGCGUCGAGGUGCACUGCAUCUACGGCUACAACAUAUCUACCGUGGAGAAGUGAGUGUCUUGUUUUUACCUGCCUCAGUAUCCCGAAUCUGCAACUGCGUGUUAUUUCUUGUUAUACAGAAGCGACAGGUCACUCGUACGUUCGCUUACUAUUCAACGAAGAUGAUGUUUGACACAGAGGUAAAUUAAGAGAAAAUGCUAGAUAAAACUUUUGUUGACUUGAUUCCAAAUUUAAUCAGUGUCUUUGUAUUUUUUUUUUCUUAUUAUAGUUCGCGUAUAAUCUCCGAGAUUUGUGGACGAUUUUGAUGAUUAUCUUUUUUGUUUGAAUUAGUAUUUUGGCGAGAUGGUACUUCCAAAUUCAUUUGGCGAAGAUCUGAUGAAACUUUUGGAGAAAACAAUGGAAUCAAUGACUAACAGUACACAUAUUGUGUUUAGUUAUUUUAAUGAAUAUGAAAGAGAAUGAAGGCCAGGUAUCUAUACUUAGUUGAUGUUGCUCUGGCUUCUAAAGUGCAAAAUAUAACCAUUUUUUUCCCAUAAACAAUAAUCAGUUUUAGAAAAACAAAAAAUAUGCAAGUCAGAUAGUAGGAGUUCUGAGUUGCCCUCUAACGGUUUUGAUAGCACUAAUGUAAAUAUGUCUUUUAAACAACUUGAGAUAUAAACAAAAAAUAAUUAUUACUAUCUUUAUAUAUAUAAUUCUUCUGUGAGUGUGUAUGUAACUGAACUUCUCUUAAACGACUGGACCGAUUUUGAUGAAAUUUUUUGUGUGUGUUCAAGGGGAUCUGAGAAUGGUUUAGAUUCACAAUUUUGUCCGCUGGACAACCCCUAUUUUUUUAGGGCGGUACGAAGUUCGCUGGGUCAGCUAGUUAUUGUAUAAAUUACGUCAUUUUUUUCAAGUUUUUAUCGAUAUAAACUAACGGUCGCACAUUUAACUUUUAAAUUUAGUUUAAUAAUAAUGGUAUUUUGCUAUCAUUUAUGCCUUAGCAAUUGGAUAAUAACACUGCAUAAUAACAACCUUUAAUAGUUACGUGCGGCCAUUAUUAAUAAUGCUGCAACACCUACAAAUCUUACCAUUGCAUACACAUUCUUACAAUAAAACUACCCGCAGGUUGGUAUACAAGCCGGGCACGUGGCUGGACGGAUAUCCGCAAUUAGCGACGGGCGACGGCGAUGGCACAGUCAACGCCAGAUCUCUCUCCGCCUGCGGCCUCUGGAGGCAAAGACGUUUGUGGGGCAGAAACCCCAUGCGCGUAAAAACAUUACCGCUGCCCAACGCUGAACAUUUACGCAUAUUGCAUGACCAGCGAGCAGUAGACUACAUAAAGACGGUACUCGUCGGCUGAACAAGAGGUCUCUCUUCCGCUCUUUUGGGGCAAACAUACCCGGGUAGUCAGGUAGUAACUCAUUUUGUUAUGCUAGGUUUUUUCUAAUCACCAUUUCAAACGAGUAGAUAUUUCGUGUUGACAGUUAGAAAACGCUACUAAACAAUAUAUUGGAGAUUAGUUACCACCAAACCCAGUGAUUGAAAACUCGCACUUUUCCAACCCAGCCAGCGCAGCGAGAUGAUUACCAAGCGCAAAAAGUUGCAAUACUUCAACUGAGAAGGAUUAGCUUCAAAGUUCCUCUCUGCCUGCACCCUGCUCAUUAAAGGUCUAAGCCCACAUACACGACUUCGCUCCCACCCGCCAAAAAGAAUAUAAUCCAAAUUUAGGUUUUACGUAUUGAUAUUUAGUUGUACUUUACAUCGGCAACAUAAAUUAGCUGUCAGCGAGCCUAGAGCCGUGAGACUGCUCGGUAGUUGAUGCCUCCCUUACCACGCGUUGCAAGCGAGCGUUCUUCAGUGCUUACUGCUAUUACUUGGCCAUUCUCGCAUUUCUACCAAGCAAUUCGCUUACUUAACGCUUGAGGAGCCCGAUGGCGCGGGGGGUUAGCACGUUCGGUUGCGAUCGUUGAAAUAAAGCAACUUUCGCAGUGGUCGGUCAUUGGAUGGGUGACCAAAAAUCUUCUAUCUCGAGUUCCUCGUUCACCCGCCAAUUUGCAAAGGGCCCUCGUGGUGGGCCAUGGCCUAAUCUCACUAUUCCAUCCAUAGGGAAGGCCUGCGCCCCAGCAGUGGGAACAUUAAUAGGAUGAUGAUGAAAUCGCUAACAGCUAGCUCGACAGCGCCGAUGCGCGUGGACUGCAAACAGUCACCUUAGUUUAGGGAAGUGUUGGCGCAGUCUUGUAAGUGGGUUUUAACCUUAAAUUUAGAGUAUCUACUCAUCGGCUAAUAACGUAUUCGCUUCCUGUCUGUAGAGUGAAGACAAACGAGCGUAUUUUUGUUUGUUGUGAAUCGCUGAAUAAAAAUACGUAAAUUGAACUGCUUUUAGUAUGUUUCAUAUGGAGGUCUUGUGUCUCAUGGUAAACGAAAAGAUUUAAAAAAACAAUAUUGAAAGAGAUUUACGCUUGUUUGGAUUAACACGCGUUAAUUUUAAAGCUGUUUAUUCACUAGAAAAAUACUUUCUAAGGAAAAGCAAAAUACAGUAGUUUUGCUUUUUCCUGGAUCCCUUCCAACGAUCCAACAGUAAACACAACUCGCUUAUCUAAUGUAGCUUUUAGCAAUAUUGGGUAAUAACAUUUUACUACUACUUGAACUAGAACUUUGAUCAGUAAUUAUAAAAUUGGGUAAAAAAAAGUCAGGGUGUAUCACCACCGAAAUCAGGGAAUAAAGACUUGGCCCUAUUAUUUAAAAUAUUUCGUGCAAUUAAGCAAAAUUGUUUACUUUGCAAUUUUCGCGUAGUGUGGAGUUGAUUCCUUUCGUGUCGAUAACCCGCUCAUUACCUAGUCUAUACUGUAAUUUUUACGGAUUAUUGAGAGCUAAAAACGGUUUCUCACAUCAAUCUACUAUAACAACGUAAAAAUUUGGCUUUAAUUUAUCGUACUUUCCAUAGAUAAUUAUGCUACAAAUAAUUAUAGCUAUUGACGGGAUUGUUGCCAUGUACAUUGUUUUUAUGAGUCAAAAAACAAGGUACAUGUUACAAUCCCGUUAAUAGCUAUAAUGUUAGUGACCAUGAAAGUUUAAAGCUACUAAUAAUGUUCAAAAACUUCGCUGUUGGUGUCGUUGAUAAGUAAAUCGUUUUCCAGUCGAUUGAUUGAAUUCUUGCAUACGGUUAUAACAAUAUAGCAUUGUCACUACAUAUUAAGUAUAAAAUAUUAAUAUACACAUUCUCGUACUCUUAACAGCUAUCACCAAAAUUAAGAUAAAUAAUAACAUAUUUUUUCAGCAUGUAUCGCAAUUUAUAUUAUUCUUGUACCAGGUAAUUUUUAUUUUGUUACUUAGCAAUUUUAUUUGUGAGAGAUAGUGUGGAAGGAAGACUCAACAUUGUGAAUCGUUGCUAAUAAAGCAUAUCAAUUUUGGCUUGGAUUCAUUUGAUCUGAAAUGUAGUAAGUUUUUCAAAAAUUCUAGCAAUCUUAGCAGGUGGUUCGAUUUUAAAUCUAUGUCUAAGAAAUAAAAUAACAUAGAUGUUUUAGUGCGCGGGUAGCAUAAGGUCUUGCCAGUGAAUGUAUAUAACUAUAAUUUAACUUGUGAGGUGAUAAGAACAAUGAACAAAACUUAGCUUUAUUUGUUUGGAAUGGGGUAUUCAUAGUACCAAACUGGUUUCGUAUAUUUUCAAUAGAUUCACUUUAUACCCGUUUCGUUUUAACGAUUAAAGAUUUUCUCUUAUCAUCUCGCAAAAAGACGUGUGUCGUAGAAUAAUCCUGAAUUACGCUCAAGCUUAAUAGCAAAAAGAAUAUGGUGUACGUUGUUCUUCAAUGUUAACUUUUCUUAAUUUAGUGAUUUAUCAGAAUGUGCAACUGCUUUUAAUAGAGAUGAUGACAUAACUUUUUUGUUCCUCGUCAAAUAGGUAGACUAUCGAAAAGUCACACAUAAUCAAAACAUUUGAUUUGAAAUAUCACAUGACGUUACAUCUCGGUCCAAUUUUUACUUAGAAGUGACGUCAUGAUCCCCGUCUUCCAAACCUUGACGCGUGUUAUUUUUGUCUUCAAUCAAAAAGAUUGAUUGAAAAAAAAAAUUGGGGAGAAUUAUUUUUUGAUAAUCUAAUGACGGACUUUGUUAACUUUACCCUGUCAUCAUCCCCUUUGUUAAUUUAGCUCUCUUAGUAGUCAAUAUUACCAAUUAAUUAGUUGUAAUAUUAAUAGAUUUUCUAUCUUUAAGUAGUCUAAUAUAUAUUUUAUUCUAUAAGUAACAUACUCAAGCCAGUGGCUGUGAUAAAAACUUCUCAUGGAAGUGUCUGGUUCUCAUUGAAAAUUUUAUUUUUUAUUUUUUGACACAUUGAUUAAGGAAGCAUUUAUUUUGCUUUAAUGGAAUUCAUUAAGUAUAUUUUAUUUUUUGUUGCAUAAUCAAUUUUAUUUUCUGUGGUUCUUCAAAUUCUGUUUAUAAUUUCUUUUAUAUUAAAAGGAAUGUUUCAGUUUAUGCAGCUUGUACAGCCUCUCUCUACAUUAUUGUUGUCUGAAUAUAUUUUAUCAAAGUAUAAAUAAAUGAAAAUAAAGUUAUAAACUUAAACUUCUUUUAUUUACAAGUCCUAUUCACUCAACUUCUAUAAUUCCCCGAGAGUAUCUUCGUGAUGUCUGAAAACACAAACAAAAAGAAACUUAGCUAUUAGUAAUGGUGUUUCUAUAGGUUCUAAUGAAAAAAGUGAACGUUAAAUUUAAUAUAGUGAACUCUUGGGACUGAAAAUAGAUUUAAUUUUACUUGAAAAACAAAAUGUAUUUAUAAGUCUUAUUGUAACGCUGACUUUGCACGGCUAUUUUAUUCAAAAUCGACGUUACACUCUUCGUACCCUCUGCUUUAGCACACACUCUAUCAAAUGCAUAAAAGAAAAAAAAAUAUAGAACAAUAGCGUGGCCAUGGAUCAUAAAAAAUAGAAUAAAACUGAUACAGAUCAGGUAUCAAUUUUAAAGAUUGGCGACAGAAGGUGAAAAUGAUACCGGGAAUCUAGAAGAAAUGGGUGAAGCAAUUAGAAACUACAGCAUACAUUUUUUUUUACCUAUGAUAAUACCAGCACCAAUUAACAGUAUCCACAAAUAAGUAAGUAAAAAAAUAAUAUUUAAAUGUUAAUUAAUAAAACACAUUUUCGUAAUAAUCAUGUAAUCUGGGAGUUUCACUUGUUCACACGCCCAACUGGCCGCUUACACUAAACAGCCAUUUUCCAUUUCUUAUAAAAAAAGACGUAGAAACAUUGAAACCACUAGGUUAUACAGCGAUUUGGUUACAAAGCCCAGUAUAUAAAGCUCUCCUUAAUACUACCAUAUAUCGCUAAUGACGACUUAGGGCAAGCGCACAUUGAGCCACUAGACGCUGCCACCGAUCGCCGCCGCUAGAGGCUUAUAGACGCUACUCAAACGCUUAGUUUGCGACGAUACUUUACAAAAUGUAUGAAAAAAAAAGUGUGCACGGACCACAUAUGAAGUGAAAAAGUUCUUUUCUCAAAUAACCUAACAUUAGGCGGUAAUAAGGCAUAGGGGAAUGGAGCAGCGCACGCAUCACUCAUAUAUAUAUAUAUAUAUAUAUUGUCGCGUGUGACUCUUGUAACACGCAUUCGCCGCCGAGUUACCCUCCAACUUUCAUACUCGACAGAAAAAGCUGCGCACGCAUCCCGCACACACAUAUAUAUAUAUAUAUAUAUAAUAUAGUCGCGUGACGCUAGUGACGCUUUUCCAUAGGAUUUUUGAAUUUACACCCUGUCCGAAAAGAAGUUUCACUUCAAAAAUCGACCGUAGCUUGUGGGCGCGUUUAGUGGAUCAACGUGCGCUUUCUCUUAGGCAAGCCGUACCGUAGCAUUCAGUCAGCGUCAAGUAUACGAUUUUGAAUCUUGCAUUGUUGUAAAAAAGUAAUUAUAUUAUGUCAAAGGGGCUAACUUCAACUAUAUCAGAGCUAUAUGUAAGCAAAAUACAAUAAAGUAAUGGAAUAAAUUACUAAUGAGUUAGUUAAGAAAACCAAAUAGUUCAUAACAAUUUCAAUUAUGUUUUAGCACCAUAAUAUUGAAACUACGAAAUUAUUGUAACUGAUUAAUUGAAUUACAGAAGUCCUUUAAAAAACGUACCCAAUUUCACUCAAAAUCGUAUAAGGCGAGAAAUAUAAAGUUAUUUCAUUAAAUAUACGUACAUACAACAGUGUAUCUUACAUAUUAAUUGCAUUUCCUUAAAUUUAAUAACUCAAGCACAUCUCGACCUAUUACCCUAUUCACCAGAUACAUUCAAAGAUCUAUCAAAACAAAACUUAGGAUUACAUUAUAAAUUUAUUAGUGCAUUAACAGGAUGUUUACAUAGGAGACCUUACCAACAUUAAGAAUAAAUUAAACUUAACAAUAAUUAAUACAGUCUGACAGUUUAAGACACAAACCCAUGUGUUAUAUACUUAGCUAUAGUUUAUCGCAUUCUUCAGAGGUUAUAUUUAAUGAUCAUUAUUCAUCAUGAUCCAUAAAAAGUACAGUCAACAUAAAACAAAAUUAUCUAAAACUGUUCAAAAUUUCAAUGGAAUUUUAAUCUUAAUUUCUUGGAAAGAAAGUUCUAAUCCUUACAAUUAUGCUGUCGACUGUACUAAGGGAAAAAUCUAAACAUACACUAUUGAAAAUUAUAUUUAUGAAAUCCAGAUACAACGUAAGUAUGAAAAAACGAAAAAUAUCAUUAAAUUGAUGUUAUAUCAUGAGUUUCAAUCAACAGAUCAUAGACAUAUCCACGAAGCCUAUAAAACUCGUGCAAUGCACAAUUUAAGCGUCACGAGCGCUUUGUUCUUUUGAGUGUGUAUGCUAUUGGUUGCAGAUGACCUUUACAGCGUCGCCGGGUUUGGAGACGGCGAGAUCCUAAGGGGAACUCAAGCCGAGAAUUAGCGAGUGCCUCUAGAGGUAUUCCAGGCGGAAGGGAUCUCCCCACGGGGAAUCUCCUCUCUGAAUCAUCAUGAAUCAUCUCUCUCUCGCUCAACUAGAGGGCGUCUCUAAGACUCGAACCUCGGCUCUAGUUAGCCGUUGUCGUGAGGGCUCACGAGCGCUUUUUAACGCUAUUAAUUUAUAUGUUCAACUUAAUGGGCGAUGUGCAAAACUGCUAAAUUGAAUAGUCGCCGUGUUAAAAAAGGGCUACCACGGCAAACGAAUACUGUCUGCUGCACACAUUGGUUUAAUUUUGAUGAGCAACAUUUUUUAAACGAGCCAUAAUAAAAGUUAUCUAUCUUUCGCAACACGCUGGCUGUUUGAAAGUCAGUUCACGCUAAUCUACUCUGAGGCCCUAGCACGAACUUUAACAGAUCCGUAAUUGUAUCGUCAUUGUCAAAUCUUGUAUGGAAGGAGCCAGUUUCUUUUUUCGUCCGAUAGGGGCGCUGCUUACUUUUUAUAGAAACUUUGACGAUGUAAUGCGAUUACGGAACUGUCAAUGAUCGUGUUUGGGCCUCUGUUCUGACUGUUAUAGUAGCUGCGUACGGUAUUUGCGUCUGAUCAUUUUUUUAAGUCUGAAUCGUUCGUUUAUUACAUCUAGAGUAAAUCUGAAGCGUUCGGCAAUUCCACUCGGCUCAGCCCGAUUUAAAUCUGUUUGCUCGGAGUAUUUUGAUCGACGAGAAUGAUUAAUCUCGUUAUCUGUAAUGUUGUGAGGUUAGUUUCUGUUUGAGUUUAGAAAUUAAUCUACGGUUGGUCGGGCCGUUCGGUAAUAGCAAUUUGCUCAGAUUAAUUUGUGAUCACGUGACCAAAAAUCCGUCCCCUCCGCGAUUCAAAUACCGAACGCAGCUAGUAAAGUAUAAUGUAAAAACGUUAAAACUUCUCUCAACACUGCGGCGCAAUAGUCAUGGAAUUGUCGGUGGUUAGUAAUUGAAAUUUACAGCACCUAAUAGUGCUGUGACAAUGCGCAUAGCAAUAAGUUCGAUAUUCGUUGUGCAUGAUCACUAAAACAUGAAAAUAAUACAUAAAAUAAACAUUUUAAAUAUGACUUAUAUUCCCAGUUACGCCUGUGACUUGAAGCUCACAACAUAACUUGAUGGAGUGGAUGAUGAAACAAUUUAAAUUAAUAAAUGCUUUAACUUUCCUCUAAAAUUAUAAGUAUUCGAUGAUGUUCAAAGCGAUGUUGUGAUAAAAAAAAUACCAUUGUAUUCACACGAGGAAUGAAUUCAACAACUCUAACCUAAUAAUAUACACAUUAUUAACGAGAAAUUAAUAUCACAUUUCGAAAUGAAAUCUAGGACAUAAUAUACAAACGUGAAAAUAAAUUACAAUGACUCAAUAUAUUAAUUUUGUUAACGAAUCCAAAUUAGGUAACUUUUUGCGAAUUUGAUUUCAAAAAUAAAUAACUUUUGUCAAUUUUGACAUUUCAAUAAUAAAAAAUGGAUUAAAAAUUUAGUGACUUAAUAACUACAUUACAUUUGAGGAUUUAGCAUUCUUUAUUAGCCUCUAUAUGCCUUUUACCAAUAAUCCCCUUUUUUAAUUUCGUGACUUUUAUUCACACUUGCCAAAAUUAAUAUUUGGAAAUAAAUAGAUAAAUACCCUACCGUUUAUAGGUUUAAAAAUAUUUAUCGACUCUACAUUAAUUUACAAAAAGAAAAAAUCCUGCCUCAUACAACUUUCGAUGCCCAGAUAAACGAAUGAGAGAGGCAACUCACACACAAAGGUAACUUGUAAUUUCCCUGGCAGCAAAGGCAACACUUAAAAUCGACUAUGCGCGUGCGCAUAUCUUCAAAAAUACAACUAACGACUCAUACAACUUUCAUCUUUAAGGUUUUCUGAAGACAAUACAAAAUUGUUGUCCAUACACAUUAUUGGUAAACGACAUUAAAACAAUUCCUCCAAGGCAUCUUGUAUUUCUAAAUUGCACGUUACAAAUUUGUUUUUCUGACUUAUUCUAAUCUUACUACUAUCAAACAACUUCCUCAAUCUAGUGCAAUAAAAAUGACUCCUAUUACCUCUCUAUAGAGGAGUAGUUAAUAAAAAGCAUUUUUUCGCAAAUCAGUUUGUCCUCUUUCGGGCUUGUAGAUCAAUGGUGAUGAUUUAAUCUAUGCCUGACCACAGCACCAUGUUCCAUUGAAAUAAGAGCCAAUUUCGUGUAUCAAUUCGUUAGUAAGCUUUUAAGUAAAAAUUUAGAUUUUAAAUAUUCAAAUUAUCACCCCAGUUGUCCAAAGACUUUAUUUUGCGGAUAUCAUAUUAAAAUAAGAAAUAAUUAAUUUGAUUAGCAGAUGUCAUAUAUAACUUUAAGAAGAAAUAAUUAAUUCGUUAUAUUCAUUAAGAAUAAUACACGGAAUUAUUUAUAAAAUUUGAUAGUAUAGGAACUGAUAAUAUCAUAAAAGCUGCAUUAAAAUAACUCAAAUGUUUUUUUAAUGCAGUUACUUUAUUUUGAAAUCUUCAACAUAUUGUAAGGAAGGUGAAUCAAACAUUAAGAAUAGCUCUGCCAACUCUCUAAUUCACUCGAAAAUCAUCAGAAGCUGUUCGAAAAGUUAAAAUCAAAGUCAGUACGAAACAUGAUUUCGGGCGAUGUUUUAGGCUGCGGCUUAGGAAGCGGCGACAUGACGGCUAAACGCAUUGAACGACAAUUCCGUUAAUAUUUAUAAUAUGUAUUUUUGUGCACUCUCAUUUAAAAGCGAAGUUGUUAAUUCGUCAUACAACGGAUCUUAUAAUAUUUUAUUUUUAUCUUCGCUACAGAACAACGCCGGUAGCCUCGAAGAUAAGUCUCCCAUUUUGCCUUUUAAAACGCUUAAAAGAAUACUUGUCUAUAUGUAAACAUUAAUGGAGUGUCGUCUAUGCGUCAAGCCGUUCGCUUAUCUCCUUUCACCGGUAGGUGUUUAAAGUACCAAAGUUUACCGAAGCAUCAUUCACUUUACGCUUUUUACCAAAUUUUUAUAAUUGUAUUCCGUUAUUCAAAUUGCUAGACAUUCCGGAUAACUUAUAAACAUAGACAUAAACAGUGGACUCGGCGACAAUCACAGCAAAUCGACAGCAGUACCCUUAGCACGAACCAAUGUCGAAUUCGUAACGUUUGCGAGUCCAUAAUGUCAUUGUCAAAUGUGUACUGACUUUUAGAUCGUUACGUACUUUGUGGUGCUGCUGUUCAAGUUUCCAUAUAAAAUUUGACAUUGACAUUUCGCACUCGCAUACUAUUCGAAUUCGAUAAUGGUUCGUGCUGGGGGUACUGAAAGAGGAACCGCGAUAGUGCAUUGUGACACUCCCAUAGCUUGCACGAAUACUUAAUUUCUCUCACACUUAUUUGCCCACUUUUACAUUUCAACAGGGAAUAUGCAAUCCACAAUUUAAAUUUGAACAACGAAAAACAUGUUUUUCUCUUUCCAAAUAAACAAAACUUCCAAAGUUGACGUACCCAAAAUCGUCGAUACACGUUCGCUGUGAACAUUGCUUCUUUAAACUAUGGCACUUCCACCUUCCAUCGGGCAGCUAAAAGCGGAAGAAGACAAACUGAUAAGCGUGGCGCUACCUUAUGAACAGCAACUCCGGCCGGUAGUACACGUAGACGCCGAGCAGUACUGUGGCCGUCGCGAGUAACGCCCGGCGAGACGAUAACGCCUUCAGGAGGGAAGGCCAACGUCUAGCGGGCGGGUUCCGACGGUUUCUAGCCGCCGCCUGUCUACGCUUCAUGCGCUCCUCGUCUAACCGGCGUACCUCCGCC